GUGUUGCCAUCGUGGCAGCGCGGCACGGGUUUACGACCUUCUGGUUGGCGUUCUUUCUUUCCCACUUCUGCCCUUCUGGGGUCUAUCGUUGCUCGUUGCUCGAUGCUCGAUUCUCAGUUUUCAGUUCUCGAUGCUCAGUUCUGAGUUCUCUGUUUUUGUGCCAUGCUCACCUCGCAUCCUCAGAGCCUCACAACCUCGCCGGCAUCUCCUCGACAACCACCUCGGUAUAUCUGUAUCUAUGUAUCUAUAUAUCUGUAUCUGCGUCGACUGCGCUGCAACCGAAACGAACGGAACGAACCCAAGCGCGCCUUGUGUCAAAGUGAACAGCAAAUAUUAUUUUUUGGACACUUUGCCAUCAGGUCGCCGUCGCGUCGCCCGGAGCUCAAACGACGACUACUUGCUGCCACUCGUCCUGCUCCCCGUUCGGUGGGCAUUGUCCUGCGGAGCUCCUGGAGUUCCUGGAGUCGCAUUCGAAGUCUGACUGUGGGUACCGGAGCCACGGCCUUUGUCUUCGGCGGCGGCGGCGUUGCACCAAUUGUGCACCAAUCCGACAACAAAAGCCAAAAACGCUGCAGAUGGGAACGCAAAAGUAUACGAGAAGUCUACCCAAAGUAUAUAAAGAAAAUGAAAGAAGUGGCUGUAAAUCAAAAAGAGCCGGUUCGGCAUCGUUUGUUGCCAAAAAUACCAAAAUUAAUUAUAAUAAUGACAAAGAACAAGCACUUUGACCCCGCGUCCGCAUAUGCAUUCGAAUCCGAAUCCGCGCGCGUUCGGUUGGCCAAUUGUGAAUGUGGAUUACAAAUUCGCGUGUGCGACUUGAGAAAACAAUUGGAUAUGAAAAACCUGGUCAAAAAUGUAUUUGCCAGCAUUUCCGCCUUGCGGUUUGGCAGCUGAAGGGACAGUGAGUGGUGCAGCUUUUGGACCGGCUCCCUUGAGUUUGCGGGGCGUGACUUCAAUUAAAGUGAUUUGUGGCCUCCGCUUCUGACACACGAGACGUAAAUACCGGCCCUGAAUUAUGGUGCUGCUAAAAUAUGUAUACUAGAGCAUAGUCCUCGGCCCAACGGAGAAACGGAAACCGCCUCAAAGUUUGCUAAUUGAAGAGCUCCUUACUUAUUAUGUCUCCGCCUCAAAAAUGCCCAACAAAAUGCCGUCGGCGGAAUCGAAAAUGUCGGCAAUUCGUAUUCCCGGCGAAGAGGCAGUGGAUUUAAUGGAGCCCCAUGAUGGCCGAGCUGAAAAUAAAGAAGAAGAGGCGAGACAGCGGCAGCCAUCAUGGAUGUGAAAGAGAGCGUGCUCUUCGCCUCUCUCGCUCGCGCUCGUACCUACGGCAGUCCGGUAUUCCACAGCGGCCAUGCUCGCUCCAUGCUGCUCUGCUCGCCACUCACCUGCGACGUCGUCUGUUGUGAAGUUCUUGCGACGUGAGCGACCGAAACUCGGGGCCCCGAAAAACCAGAGGCCCAAAAAAACAGGAUUGUGAGCGAGCGAGGGGGCGGAGGAAUUUCUAGGGAGUUUCUGCGACUGCGUCGUCGCCCAGACAAAAAAGAAAUGCAGAAACAAAGGCCGCCGGACGAAGGAAGUUGCCCAGGUUUGAUUACACAUCGACCCCUGGAGCGAGGACUUAACCCGACGGCAGCUGCAUCAGUUUCAGUUCUUCGAUGGACAUGUAGAUGGAUACUCUGGGCACUCGUCUGCGUCUUCGCGUGUGUGUGUGUGUGUUUUUAUAACAUUUGUGGAUUACGCCUAUAAAAACUACACUUCACCGCAGAGCCAGCGAAGUGGGCACCAGCUACAACAAAGGAUACAACCUGUCGCUCGAGAGAUUACAAACGGAGCUGUUUUUAUGGUUUGUUCCGCUUUUGCUUAACGAUUCCGAGGAUCACACGUAAUCACCCACGCAAUCCACCACCGAAGUCGGAAAACCGACUCAACGGAACGCAGCGCAACUCGACUCAACCGAAACUCGACACUUAUCCCUGGGAACUCAAAAUAGUGUUUUAUUGUUUGAAAUUACGAUUCUUUUAUUUAUUUACUUUUCCUGCAUUUCUUUGCUGCCCCACACACACCCACCGUUUCAAUUUUUAUAUGUUUAUUACGGUUAUUAUCGCUUAAUGGGGCUCGCUCGCUGGUUAUUGCUGUUGUUGUGUUGCUUGCACCAGUAGUUGUGUCAGACUAACGUGUGAAGUUGUUUUAUUAUUUGUUUUGAUUAUCAAAAUGGGCGUUUUACAUUUUUCCGGUCGUUGGGCGGCCCACCUGCCACGGGCCCACCGCUUAUAGCCCACAUCCCAUAACCCCGGGGCAAGGGCAGUAAAUCACAGCCCGCUGUGAGUGGCUGAGUACCUGGGCAGUACACUUGUACACUUGAAAAAUAGUAACCCUUCUAUUUUAAUUAUUUGGCGGCUAGACAUUAUAUUCAAUUAUAAAUACAUCACAGCAAUAAACCAUUUUUCGGGCUUCUAUAAUGAGUGGACAAUACCUGAAGAAACUUUUUAAUUUAUUUAAAAACAUUUUGAAUUUAUUUAGCUUAGUUACUGAAAAUGUUCCACCUAUCAUGUAUACAUUAUUAUUAUGUCAUAAAAAUACGGUCCAAUUCAAGUCUGUUUUGCUACAAUUAUACAAAUCUUGCAUCAUCUAAGGUUAUAGAAAAUAAAAUUAUCAGUUAUAUUUUCAGUGCAUAUUCCACUCAUUCGCACUCGCUGUAUGACCCAUAAGCAGAAACCAAAGUGUGGCAAAAUGCUUAAUUUAGAAUUUAUGAGCAAUUAAUUUUAAAGCGCUCUCUGGCCAUUAACGCCGUUACUGCUUCUCCCCCUUGACCAUAAUACACCUUUGGUCAUUAAAGAAUUAAGAAGCCAGUCUGCCAAAAAUUGAUUGUUUAACCAAUCCGCUGAUGGAUCAAUUAUUCAAUUGUUAUAGCCAAAGAGUUGGCAAUCCAAUUUGAGCACGAGUCGUAUUCCAACAAAUAGACAGGUAGGAUGCACAUUAACUGGCAGAUUUAUGAAUAAAAAAUAAUUUAAAUAAA